GAAGAGAAAAUAAACAGGAAAAUGAGUGCUACUCUGGAUAUAAGACUUAAGCGUGCAAAUAAGGUGUACCAUGAGGCGGAGGUAGUAGCGGGUGUUGUUGUGAUCCUAAGUAAAGAAGCAGUGCAACAUCAAGGCAUCACUCUCACUAUGGAAGGGGUUGUCAAUCUGCAGCUCAGUUCGAAAAGUGUGGGAGUCUUUGAAGCUUUCUACAAUUCGGUCAAGCCUAUACAGCUAAUCACCAGCAACAUUGAGGUGGUUAAACCAGGGAAGGUCCCAGGUGGCAAGACUGAAAUUCCUUUUGAAUUUCCAUUGCAAGUGAAGAGUAACAAAGUGCUUUAUGAGACCUACCAUGGUGUUUUUGUCAACAUUCAGUACACCCUGCGUUGUGACAUGAAGCGAUCCUUGCUGGCCAAAGACUUGAGCAAGACCUGUGAAUUCAUUGUUCACUGUCAGCCGCAGAAAGCAAAACUUCAGCCAAGUCCAGUGGAUUUUACCAUCACCCCUGAGACUCUACAAAAUGUUCGUGAGAGGGGUUCGUUACCAAAAUUCCUAAUAAGAGGGCAUUUAGAUGCCACAAACUGUGUCAUCACACAGCCUUUGACUGGAGAGCUGGUCGUGGAGAGUUCGGAGGUGCCCAUCAAGAGUAUAGAGCUGCAGCUUGUACGAGUGGAGACAUGCGGCUGUGCUGAGGGUUACGCCAGAGAUGCAACAGAAAUACAGAAUAUUCAGAUCGCAGAGGGAGAUGUCUGCCACGGACUUCCCAUUCCCAUCUACAUGGUCUUCCCAAGACUUUUCACUUGUCCCACCCUUGAGACCACUAACUUUAAAGUCGAAUUUGAAGUAAACGUGGUGAUAGUUCUUCAUGACGACCACUUGAUAACAGAAAAUUUCCCCUUGAAACUGUGCAGAGUUUAAGAUUUGGGACCUGUUUGCUUUUGCUUUCAUACCUAGUGUGGUGGCAAUUUAAAACAAAAAAAAAAAUCCUACAGAACUGAGAACGAAUCUCAUCUCUGUUCUUUUCAAAGUGUCCAAUCCCUACCAUUGCAUUUUCACUGAACUUAUGUAAGAGCAUUCUGUUGCAAUCCUAAGUGAGCGUGAUAAGGAGUGGGAACUGCAAAAUCUUACACAUGGAACACGCUUUUGUCACACCAUGUCAUUCAUAGAUGACGCACUGUUUUACUGUUCAAAGUCUUAAAAUGUAAGUCUGGGAACAUGUACACUGUUUUGUAUUAAUUUUAACUGUGCUGCAGCAUUUCUGUGUGUUUUGCACUCAUUUGUACUAUUCUAAAAGUGUCAGUUUACCUGUAUAGUCAGUCCUUACAGCUGUCGUCUAAUGCACUCAUUGGAAUAGAGGAAUGUGUC